CUGAGUUUUGUUGUCAUAAUAUAUUAAUGAAUUUAUAAAUAAAUCUUAUCAUAAUAACUUAAAUGGUACAGUGUCGCACAACGUGAUAGUAUAAUCGAUUUUUUAAACGUUUUAAUUCAAAAUAUUGGAUUCAAUUUUGUUUACAUAUCCCGUUAAGUGGUUCAUUGUUUGAAGGAUACAAUCGAAAAGAAAGAGGUCUCAGCAUCUCGCAGGGGCUCGUGAUGUCAUAAAUUGAACCCAAACGAUGUAAGAAUGUCGCGCGUACUCAGCGCGCUGAACGGGGCGCUGCCGGACUCCCGGCCGCUGCUCUCGCUGCAGAUAGUGGAGUCCGUCGCCAAGUGUCCCGCCGGCUAUGUGCCCGUCAGCCGGACUUAUGACGAGGAUGCUGACGCUGGCUUACUCCGGCAGAAUGGGCUGUUUGGCAAGAAGCCUACGCACUACAUCUGUCUGUCCAAGUCUGAAGGCGUUCCAGGUUACGUGAUGGACGGUAUAGCGGUGGUCGGUGAACGUGAAGCCGCCCCGCCUGGCUACAGUGUGGCCGGGAGAGCGGGCAAGCGGCGUUUAUGUACACGAGUGUCAAGAGGUGCGGCAGAACCGCGUUUGCCACCCGUGACGGAUGUGAUUGUAUGCUCGCGGAUGCGACAGGCGCCUAGAGGAUUUAUACUAGCUGGAGAGAUAAACGGCAAGAUGGUGUGCUUCAAAGUCGGCGACGGCAGCGUCGAAUCGUCCCCGACGCACACACAGAAUGAGUAUGAGAACGUCGUCUCCAAUACCACUCCAGAGGCCAAUAGAAGCUCUAUAUCUUCGAAACUGUAUCAUGACAUCUUAGUCUGGACAAAUAGGUUGCGAGCGGCGCCCGAGAGGCCGCCAAAACUAUCCCCGAUAAUAUCGGACUUGAAGAAUAUGAACGUGAGCGCGUAUCCAAACAUAGAGGACUUCACCACGGGACACGAUUACGAGGCCUUGAGUCCGUCUUACAAUAUUAAGCCCGCGAGACCGGCACCAAGGCCCCCAUCAACAGAGUCGCCCGUGACGUCGCCCCCGCCCCCGAUCCGCAAGAAGGGUCCCGCGCCGCUCCCGCGCAACAACUACCAGACGCUCGGCGGCUACAGCGGCCUCGAGGGCGUGCCGUUCGUGCUCAACCCGAGACUGAGAGGACUGCCUGAUGACUCUCUAACACAGUUCCCGAUGAUCAAAAAGCGUACUCGCUUCGACUUGGACCGAGAGUACUCUUACUCGUUCACCGCAGAGCGGCAGACGUGAGAAUACCAGAAAUGCAUAAACUCGGCCACACAAGGCUCAGUUAAAAUGUCAGCGCAGGUAUAACUAAUGGACUUCGUUAAAUAGGUGUUAUUUUUCACUGCGGUGCGGCAGUUGAGCGAAGCUUCGUAACCACUCAUAGGCACUGGUCCCGCCAAAAGCGAGUAAGCGAUGUGCCAUAGAAACGAACAAAAGAUAGUCGCUCCCGUGGAAAUAAAAGAGACGCGAUGAUAGCGCGAGCUCUCUCGUUUAUUUACACGGCGGCGACUGUCUUUUGUUCGUUUCUAUCGCUGAUAGCUCAUCGCUUUUGGUGAGACCAGUGGCAUAUGCUUUUGGGCUAGCUGUCACGUUUACCUCAGUCCUCUGAAAAUUAUCAAGCAUGUGUGUGGAAAUGCUGGUACAUUAUGUACAGUUAGUAGAGGUAAGGUAUUAUAUCAACAGAAGACUUGCAAACAAGCACCUCAAAAUAGGGCUCAAAAGGCUGAAUUUGAUACGGCGGUAUCGAGGUAUUUUUAAACAUGACUGACUGGAAAUAUACAUUAUGCUUGGAAUGAACUUUUGUAAAUCAUGUGUUGUUUAGCAUUAUGUAUCUCAUAUGAUACAUCCUGAAUAUUUGUAUCGUAAAUGAUACAUCGGAAGUCUUACGCUAAUGCGAGUAAUCAAUGUAAUGAAGAUAAUGUGUAUUAAAAAACAUUAUGAAGUUUAUUAAUGAAUUCAUUAUUAAUAUACAUAGAAAUCAAAAUCCUAAUAAUGUGCCAUCGGAGAUUUCCGACAUUGAGAAAGUUUUACAUGGAAAAUUAUCGGAAACCUUACUAUACGUUUAUAAUAAGAUGUUUCCUGUGAAAUUUUCGUAGAACGUUUCCAAGUAUUGAAACUUUUUUUUAUAUUCUGCACAUCUAGGACUAGGUAACAAGAUUGAGAAGACGAUUGAAUACAAUAAGACUGGCGGGAAUGAAUUUAGAGAAGGUUUACACUAUUAAUACUAUUAUGUAUUGUUAUUAUACUUAUUACUAGAAA